AUGUUAGCUUCUCCCAAUAGUAAUUUUGGUAUUCUUGACAGUUUAUCCGUUCCACCGGGGACACCCAACAAGACUCUACCCGGUACUGACCGCAUUACGAAUUUGUUUCAGCAAUGGUUUAAUGAACAGAAACUUCCGUGGACCAAAUCGGGGAUUGGAGGUGGUAGCGAUUUUGUAUCAUUUUUGACUGAAGGCAUAGCUUCUGGCGGCGUAAAUACAGGCGCUGGUGGGUUCAAGUCAGCAACUGAGCGAGAUCAAUAUGCAGCACUGUUAGGAACAGGAAAUGGUGGAUUAGCCAAUGUUGCAUAUGAUUCAUGUUAUCAUCAACAAUGUGAUCGGAUAAAUAAUGUAAACUCAUUUGCGUAUGAAAAAGUUGUUAAAGCAGCUGCUUAG